GUUUCAGCAUCCGAUGCGGUCCAUCAGGACGGAUCCUAUCGAUCGGCCAUGAUCGGCUCGCAAGUGAACCAGAAAGGCGCUCAAAAUAGUCAAUACAUGACAUCCAUGCGCAGCCAUACAUGUGAUGUAACGUGGAGCAUGCCAGUCGUCUUCGGCUUGCAAAGAAGAGCAGGAUAUCGACCAGAAGCGAAGCGCAAGACAGGAAAAUGACUUCCAAGGGACCGUCCUUCGACCCCAAUUGCGUGACCCUGACCCGGUUCGUCCUUGCCGAGCAGCGCAAGGUGCCCACCGCGACCGGAGAUCUCACCCAGCUGCUCAACAGCAUUCAGACGGCGGUAAAGGCCGUCAGCUCGGCAGUCAGAAAGGCUGGGAUCGCUAAUAUGUAUGGAAUCGCCGGCUCCACGAACGUGCAGGGAGAGGAAGUGAAGAAAUUGGACGUCCUCAGCAACGAGCUCUUCAUCAACAUGCUAACUUCCUCGUUUACGACGUGCCUUCUGGUCAGCGAGGAAAAUCCAACGGCGAUAGAGGUGGAGACGGAGAAAAGAGGAAAAUACGUGGUCUGCUUCGAUCCCCUCGACGGAUCGUCUAACAUAGACUGCUUGGUUUCGGUCGGCUCGAUUUUUGGGAUAUACAAAAAAUUGGACAGCUCCAAACCCACGACGAUAGCCGAUGCACUUCAGCCUGGGAAAAAUUUAGUCGCUGCCGGAUACGCGCUUUACGGUUCCGCGACCAUGAUGGUUUUAUCACUCGGCCAAGGGGUUAAUGGGUUCAUGUAUGACCCAGCCAUCGGAGAAUUUAUUAUAACGGAGAAAAACAUGCGCAUACCUUCUAGAGGAAAAAUCUACAGCAUCAACGAGGGCAAUACCAGUACAUGGGAUGCUGCUAUCACGGAAUACGUGCAAUCGAAGAAAUUCCCCCCUAGUGGGAAACCAUACGCUGCUAGGUACGUUGGUUCCAUGGUGGCCGAUGUUCACAGGACCAUCAAGUAUGGAGGAAUCUUCAUGUACCCAGCCUCGAAGGAUAGUCCAAACGGAAAGCUGCGCCUUCUGUACGAGUGCAUUCCUAUGGCGUACAUAGUGCAGAAUGCCGGAGGACGAGCCACGAACGGCCAGAUCGACAUACUCGACAUCGUCCCUACGGACAUCCACCAGAGAUCUCCGAUUUUCCUAGGAUCUUCCGAAGACGUUCAAGACGUCCUCGAGAAUAUCAAGAAGCACGCCAAGCAGUAAAAAGUCUGAUAACGCCUGUAAAAAUAUCGGACCUCGAUGUUUUUACACGACGCCUUCGUCGCCAUUCUACACUUUCCAGAUACAUUUAUAUGCGAACUCUUCCCCGGAUGCUUGCAAGAAGUUGAAUUAAAAGGAACGCGUAAAGGAUGA